AGAUUUUAGGUAAGGGACUGGCAUGUACUAACCAUGGUGGCUGAGAUCCAAAUACACCCUCAGCAGCGCACACACAUGCAAAUUUGUGAGCUGAGAAAGAAAGUAAAUGGUAAAGAAUCCCGUGGAAUCACUUACUGAGAAGAAAGAGCUGUAGAGAACUUCCUAAAGGGCAUGUUCCCCCCGCCCCCCCAUUAUUUCAGUCAUGGAAUCGACCAAAAUGUCAGACAUGACAAAGCUCCACCAAGCUGUGGCUGUUGGGGAUUACAGUUUCGUGAAAAAGAUUUUGAAGAAAGGUCUCUGUGACCCAAACUACAAGGAUGUGGACUGGAAUGACCGAACUCCACUUCACUGGGCUGCAAUCAAAGGGCAUGUGGAGGUGAUGCAGCUCCUUAUAGAAUACGGAGCCAGGCCCUGCCUUGUGACUGAUGUGGGCUGGACCCCGGCUCAUUUUGCAGCUGAGUCAGGCCAUGUGAGUGUGCUCAAAAUUCUCCAUGCAUUGCAUGCGGCCAUCGACGCCCCCGACUUCUUUGGAGACACGCCGAAGAGGAUCGCACAGAUCUAUGGGCAGACCGCCUGUGUGGCGUUUCUGGAGAAGGCCGAGCCCGAGUGCCAGGACCAUCGCCGCUCUGCCAGGCAGAAGGGGCUGCCUCUGGACCAGAGGGACGAAGACUGGGAUGCCAAGAAAAGGGAGCUGGAGCUGUCUCUUCCCUCCUCGAAUCAAAAAACUAAUAAGAAAAAGAUUAAAAAAAUCCGAGGCCCCACCAGGCUGAGCCAUCCCAAGGAGAGGAGAAUGUGAGGACAGCGUUGGUGGCUCUGGCACCCAUGUUUUCGGCGGAAAUAGCUUUCCCUGGCACCAGACUAGGAGUGGUUAGAUCUGUGCUGUCUUUACAUGAUUCUAGAGAACAUUCCGUAAGACCAUUCUGUAGACCCGCCUUCUACCGGCAGCUCAUGACCUGUCAUUCAACCCAAAGCCUUGCUGGGUGUUCCCUACAGGAGCUGCUGCCUCCUUGCUGAUCCAAGCUGUCCUCAAGUAUUGCCAGGAAGGGACAAGUGUUAGCUGCUUGUGUUUGGCCACGAGUCCUUUGCACUGUCAGCACCCCGCGACCCACUAUAUGCAAUUAUUGAGUUACAGGGGGCAAAGAAAAAGCUCUCCCUAAGGAAACUGGAUUGUUUCAAUGAAAAAGAAAGUAACAAUACAAUCCCAAUAAUUUCCAACCUACUCAGUUCAGUUAAUCUAUGGAAAAAAAAAAAAAAAGGUAUUUGUUAUCACGUAAACCAAGCAAGGAGGUGAACAAAUGUAGCUCCCAGUUUCCAGCUUUUUUUUUUUUUUUUUUUCUUUGCAGAGUAGGGGCUCACAAUCUCAGCAUGGUCAUUUUGAUCCAUGAUCACUUUCACAUAAGAAAAACGGUGUGGGUGAUGGACCAACUCAGUGAGCGAUAACCGGAAACCCCGACAAGAAUUCAUUUCAUCCCACAUAAGAAAUGAGAGGUAGCAAGGAUAGCGGACCAUGUGAAUACAGCUGUAUUUGUGCAAUGUGUAUUUUAGGGAAUCUGAACACAGAUCAGGUAUUUCCAAUGAAAAUAUUGCAUCCAAAUUGAGAUCUGCUCUAACUGUAAAUUAUAUAUCAGUAUUUGAAUACUUAGAAAAAAUGUAAAACAGCUCAUUAAUGUUAUUGAUUACAUGGUGAAAUGAUAAUAUGUUAGAUGUUGAGUUAAAUAAAACGUAUUACUAACAUGAA